GCUCCUCCGCCCGGCUCCGCCUCUCCCCGCAGCGCCGGCCAUUGGGGCGGGGCGGGGCGGGCGCUGCUGCGGCUGGAGGCUGCGUCCUCCUCCUCCUCGUGGCGUGGCGGGCAGGAUAGAAUGAGUUGCAGUCUUGGAGUGGAGCUGCCCUCCACACCUUCGGAGCUGUAAAGAGACUGACUGAGUCAAGCAUGCCUCUUCUCACGGCUGCUCUCUGGUACUGCAGGCAGCUGUAUACGUAUCUAGCUCAUCUGUUGAAAUGGUGGAGCAGAUACCUGCAGAGAAAAUUCAUAAGGAACCACUCUGUCCUGGCUGAAGUUGACCUGCUCGGUUACUGUGCACAGAAAUGGAAAGGAGAAACAGAGCAAGACAGGAAGAUGAGAGAAGCUUAUGAAGACCUGUUUUGGAGGCAUCAUAUAAAAUAUAUACGCGAAGUAAGAAGAGAUAACUACUGCGUGUUGAGAGCUGUGUUGUUUCAGAUAUUCAGCCAAGGUAUCCCUCUUCCACCAUGGAUGAAGGCAGUCGAUGUUCUAAAGCUCCCUGAGAAACUUCUCUACUCACAAGGUUGUAACUGGAUCCAGCAAUAUAGCUUUGGACCAGAACAGUACAGCAGCUCAAACACGUUAGGAAAACUACGAAAAUGUAUUGAUACAUUAAAAAAUCAGUGGAUGGAAAUCAGCAGCAUAAAGGACCCACAUGAAAGAGGAAAACUGUGCUGUGCACUUUUUGGGGAUGAAACUGUGGAGCAGCGGAUGUACGAGGCUGUAAAAUUCAUCAUGCUGUACCAAGUCAUAGAAACCUACGAAUGCCUGAACAACGAGGAGCGCGUUCCAAGUUUUUUUCACCUCCUCUUCAUGCGUGACACGUCCUUGGACCCUUUGAGUUACAUGAUCAAUCACCUGAAUUCUGUAGGGGACAAGAGAGGCCUUGACCAGGUUGAUUUGUUCCUCCUCGGAUAUUCUCUGGCAGUGAAGAUAAUUGUUUACAGGUUGUCUAAGUUUAAGUCAAAAGAUUUUCAUGUAAGCUACACGGAGGCCUGUCAGAGAGACUGGCACGAAGUGUCUCUUCUGACUGAAGAUGACUGGCAUUACCACAUCCCUGUGGCCCAGAUGUGACACUGGUUUCUUGUGGUGCACCAGAUGUGUCUGACAUCAGAUAUGGACAUAAGAAGACCAGAUCAGGCCAGUGAGGGUCCAUCUAGUCCUGCACCCUGUCUUCUGCAGUUGCCAGCCUCUUGCUCUGGAGGACCAAUAACAGGAUGCGGAGUCCGAGGCCUUCCUCUGAUGUUGCCUCCUGGCUCUGGGAUUCAGUUGACCGCCUCUUUAGUCAUCAUGGCUAUUAGUCACUGAUAGACCUCUCUUGCGUGAAUCUAAUACUUUUAAAGCCAUCUGUGUCUGAAAAACUAUACCAGAGUGUUGAGCUUAGAAUCCGGGAAGCCCCCCUGCAGAUCUGUGCUCCGCCAUGAAGCACGCUGGAUGGCUGAAGGCCACACCACCAUCCGUCUCUCAGUUGAACCUACCUCCCAAGUUGGUUGUUGGAGCUAGCUCACCAGCAGCCUGCUAAAUGGGCGCUAGUGCCAGUUCAUGCUUCACUGGGUUCCCAGUGGAUGUGUUCCAGCACAGGCCUUGAAAGGGCUAUGUUUCUGGCUAGGGAAUUGUUCCCUGGGGGAAAUUCUCUCCUGGCUCUUUCUUCUGUAGGACUGGAGCUAGAGAAUACUGAAUCUCCUUGUCAAGUAACAAUUCCCAGAAUUCUUUGGAGAAAGCUGGCAGGUGAAGUGGAACACAGCCAAUACAAGUUGGCAUAUACAUAGAGAAGAAGAGGAGAUUGGAUUUAUACCCCACCCCUCACUACCCAAAGGAGUCUCCUUAUAAUCUCCUUUCCCUUCCCCUUCCCACAACAGACACCCUGUGAGGUAGGUGGGGCUGAGAGAGCUCUGAGAAAAAUUGCUCUUGAGAGAACGGCUCUGUGAGAACUUGUCACUCAAAAGGUGCAUGUGGAGGAGGAGUGGGGAGUCAAACCUGGUUUUCCCAGGUAAGAGUCCACACACUUAACCACUGCACCAAACUAGCUCUCUGAACAUUUGCCCUUUUAGUGUGUAACGCAAGACCAGUGAGAGCAGCUUUGUGGUCAUCUAAUUUCCAGUGUAGCCCUCAGCUGAACAGCUGGGACCUGAGAUCCUGGUGUGGCCUCUCAUCACUGUGACAGCAGCCCUCAUAUGGUUCUUUCAAGCCCCUGACAAGAUUCAGCCCAAAGAAAGCUGUUUCACAGGCCAUGCUCUGGCAAACCUGGGUUUUCCAUUGGAAAAGACAUUCAGCAGGAAGCACUUCCAAGCCAGCCUCCUCGGAUAAGGCACCUGUUCCUUGGUGUCGUAGCACAUGUGUGCUUGCUGGGUCCUUGGGUCAUAUUUUUUAAACAUACACCUGAAAAAAACCUGCAACGUGUGAAGAGGGCCAGAACCUGUUGUUGCAUUUGCCCACAUCCUGCUAAAAACAGCCACCACCUGGAGUUCAGGUGCAGGACCGCACCACAGGUCUGGUUUAUAUUGUUUUCUGUGAGUGCCUCAUUCCACAAGCCCCACAGCUUGCAGCUGACCCAGAGUGUGCCUCUGAUCUGCUGGGUCACUUUUGCAAAAUGUUCCUUGUGUUUCUGCAGUUCUUAGUUUCUGCAAACCCACCCUGCUAAAAUGUUAUUACUAGGGCUACUUAUUAGAAGCCCUCCCGCUCCAUUUGAAACUGCAGCGUUUUGGCAAAUAAGUGUUUUCGCCAUACUGCUUUGCUAGGCAAGGGGGGCGCUGCCUGAGCUCCUGGGCCACGCUCUCCUGUCCAUUGCAGAGCCGCAGCUGGGCCCUGGCCUGUAAAUGGCAGUCCUGGGUUACUUUGAGCUGUUGGGAAGGAAGGACUUCUCAUUCUAGCAAGGGAAAACCAAGAAAUCCCAAGUUCUCCAACAGCGGCUACUAGUUGUGGCUGCCUAGUCUGCAUAUACGUCCCAUAUAACCAUCUGAUCUGCUCAAAAUGUGGCUUAUUAGGGUGAGGAUGCCUGACUCUUCACAAAAGAGGGCGGUCGGCAGUGAGGAUCCGCGCCAUGAGCCCACUGUUGCCAAACUUUGCUACGUCUUAAUAGGGGAUCUAUCUCCCAGUUGAUUCUGCACCAAGAAAGGCUGGGUUCUGCUGCUUCGAUUGGAUAUGCAGAUUGGCAUUGUCACGUUAUUUAUUUUGCAUAAUUCUGCAAAGUUUUUUAUGAUUUAUUCUGGUUUUGUUUGUAAGGCAAUGAAGCUCAAAGUUCUGUAGAGGAGUGAUCUCCCCCUCCCAGCCACGAAGAGCCUCAGUGAACUGCUGCAGUGGAUUUUGCGAUUUCCUAUGUUCUCUGUUAAAUGUACUGAAAUGUGAAACUCAUUUCUGUCAUGAAUGAAAUUUUUGAAAAUGUUAA